CAGAGAGGAGGGGGGGCACCAGCAAGACAGCACGAGGUUAAGCGGCGGCGAGACCGAGCGGACGCCAUGGAUCGCGAGUGGGGCUCCAAGCCCGGCAGCGGCGGCGCCGCCUCCGCGCAGAAUGAGGCCAUCGACCGGCGGGAGCGUCUCCGCCGCCUCGCCCUCGAGACCAUCGACCUCGCCAAGGACCCUUACUUCAUGCGCAACCACCUCGGCAGCUACGAGUGCAAGCUGUGCCUGACGCUGCACAACAACGAGGGGAACUACCUGGCUCAUACGCAGGGGAAGCGUCACCAGACCAACCUCGCCAAGCGUGCCGCCCGGGAGGCCAAGGAUGCGCCCGCGCAGCCCCAGCCCAACAAGCGCAAGUUCGCGCCCCGCAAGUCUGUUAAGAUUGGCAGACCCGGCUAUAGGGUGACUAAGCAGUAUGAUCCUGACACGAAGCAACACUCAUUCCUUUUUGAGAUUCAAUACCCAGAAAUAGAAGAAAAUACCAAGCCAAGGCACCGUUUCAUGGCAUCAUAUGAACAGAAAGUCCAAUCUUGGGAUAAAAAGUAUCAAUAUCUACUUUUUGCAGCAGAGCCAUAUGAAAUUAUUGGCUUUAAGAUACCAAGCACGGAGAUUGACAAAUCGGCAGAUAAAUUCUUCAACUAUUGGGAUCCAGACAAGAAGCUGUACAUUCUCCAGUUAUACUUUAAAGCAAGACAGCCAGAAGCUAAUAAGCCACCUGCAGCUCCUGGGACUUUGCCAAAUGGGUCUGGAGGUCCACCACGCCCACCACCGCCACAGGUUCCGCCACCACCUCCACAGGCUCCGCCGCCGCCUCCACCAAAUGCACCUAUGGGUAUGCCCCCAAGGAUCCCACCCCCACCUCUCGGGGGUUCUCAACCUCCACCACCCCCACCACUGCUUGCAAAUGGACCUCCACGAUCAAUCCCACCCCCACCUAUGACUGGUGGUGCGAUGGCUAACUUCACGCCUGGGGCGCCUCCUCCACGUCCUCCAAUGCAAGGAUUUCCUGGGCCGCAGCAGUAGAUGACACAAGUGCCAGCAACUGAGGUCGGGCUACAAAUGCUGUAACACAUUCUUAGCUUGCUGUGGAAUGCCUUUUGACCCAAACUUGUAUGUUGUCAAAUACAUUACAUAUUUACAUUUUCUCUUAGACUACACUGUUGUCAAUCUCAUGAAAUUUUCUGCCAUAUACUUUUUUUUUUUUCCAAAGCGUUUGGUGUCAA